AUUAGAUAAACAUGAACCCUGAUUAUGAAAUGACUCUUUCGUACUUCCUGAAACAUGACAGGCCAUAGCACUCACUGGAAACUAUUUAAGUUUCUCAAAGUGCUGCUGUUUAGUGCCAUAUUUUCGAUUACAGUUUUGUUCCUUGUUGCCACAGUUAGGACGUUUACAUUUGAUGUGGACGCGGGGCUUCAGCUGGGAAAAUGGGAAAAUACAACAACCAUUUCUCUUCAUUUAAGUCCGCAACAGAGGAAGAAUCUGCUGGCAAAUUUCAAAGCGGCCAUACAGAUUCCCACGGUGUCAUUUACUGAGACAAAUGUGAACACGAGCGCGCUGCACGAGUUUGAUGGGCUGCUGAGGAGGGUCUUCCCAAAGGUCUUCUCAUCCAGCCUGGUCAAACAUGAGGUGGUGGGAAACUACAGCCACCUGUUCACGAUACCAGGGACAGAGCCUGAUCUGGAGCCGUACAUGCUGCUGGCUCACAUUGAUGUAGUGCCGGCUGAUGAGGCGGAUGGCUGGGACGCUCCUCCUUUCUCUGCUCAAGAGAUCAAUGGCUUCAUUUAUGGACGAGGAACCAUCGACAACAAACAGUCUGUGAUGGGGAUUCUUCAGGCGCUGGAAUACCUGCUGGAACGAGGUUACACCCCUCUGAGAAGCUUCUACAUUGGUUUGGGUCACGACGAGGAGGUGAAUGGCUUACAUGGUGCAGUCAAUAUCGUGAAGCUCCUGAAGAGUCGAGGGGUGAAGCUCUGGUAUGUUUUAGAUGAAGGCCUGGCAGUGCUGGAUGGUGUCAUAAGUGGCCUGGAUGGACCUGCUGCCCUAAUAGGUAUCAGUGAGAAGGGUCAGGCCACAGUAAAGCUGAGUGUCAGCAGCGCUCCAGGACAUUCAUCCAUGCCGCCCAGAGAGAGCAGCAUUGGCAUCUUGGCAUCAGCUGUCACAAGGUUGGAGGAAAAUCGGAUGCCCAGACUGUUUGGAUAUGGUCCUGAGCGUGGCACAUUUGAACACCUGGCACAUAAGUUUGGCCUUCCUCUCAGAUUCAUCAUGUCUAAUUUGUGGCUCUUCUCUCCACUACUAAGCAGGGUGUUGGAGAAAAAGCCUGACACAAAUGCCUUUGUGAGGACCACAACUGCCGUCACAAUGUUUAACUCGGGUGUGAAGAUUAACGUAAUCCCGUCAUACGCUGAAGCUUUUGUCAAUUUCCGUAUCCACUCAGCCCAAACGCUGCAGGAGGUUAUGGAUUUGGUCAAGUCAACCAUAUCAGAUGAGCGUGUGAAGGUAGAGAUGGUCGAUGGAUUCGACCCACUGCCUAUCAGCUCCUAUGAUGAGCAGGCUUUUGGGUUCCAGGUCAUAAAGAAAACAGUGCAGGUCAUGUUUCCUCAGCUCACAGUGGCCCCUGGUAUCUGUGUUGGCAACACUGACAGCCGGCACUACAAGGACAUCACCCGAGACAUAUAUCGCUUUGCACCAACGUGGUUCAAACCAGGUGAUCCUCAGAGAUUCCACGGUGUGAACGAGAGAAUCUCCAUUAAGAACUAUGAAGAGAUCGUGCUGUUCUACUUCCAGCUCAUCCAGAAUAAUGACAUCAGGAAGUUGCCGCCACCUCACAGUAGCCAGCAUGAGCUGUAAAUGGUGAGAUGUUACUUGCACUAAUCUCAAGACACUGAAGGUUAAGAAACUAAGCUAAAAAAAAAAGAAAAAAAGAAAAAAAAAAGAAACUAAGCUAAGGGAGCUUUGUUUUAACAGAUAUGAAUUGAAUAUCUGGAUAAAAUUAAUACAGCAGCUUUAGAAAAAAACUAAAGAAUUGAAGGUUGUGAAACUUUAUAAAGAUUCAUUCUUGCAUUCCUUACUGAAUGAUUUAAAAACACAUCACAAGUUUGCUGUUUGUCAGGUGUUGACAGCAGGGCAUGGGUGUAAUUAACCCUGCACUUAGGUUUACAUUACAUUCAGGCAUUUGGCAGAUGGUUUUAUUCAAAGUGGCUUACAGUAUACAGUAUGUGUAUACUAUAAAUAAUGUCAUAUUACAUACAUACUGUAUGUAUUUCUAUUUGAACUAAUUGUUAUUAGUAACGUCUGACCAAAUAAUUAUAAGUUUGUUGACUGAAUGUUAAACAUAAGCAACCCUGACGAAAACAAAAGCAUUGCUAAGCACAAUUACACUUCAACUGAGCGUCACAGAAAAAGAAUAAGCUAGCUAUGUGAAUAAAUCAGACAAAUAUGGGCAUUGUGAUGAUGAAUUGAUCAUUAAUGAGUGAUGAUUAGUUUUCUAGAUUAAUAGAAUUUUCCACAAUUUUGAGUGUCACGUUUUGUGUUUGAAAGUGUUACUGGGUUCAGGGGAGAGCUGGAACAAACAUCUCACUUGUUAUCUCUGGUUAAGUCUGCUUCAAAACGCAGUUUAUAUUUCUGACUUUACACUGUCAGACUUGCUGCUUUGGUGUUUUGGACCAACUUUCUGAGAGAUUCAUACAACACCCUGAGCUCUCCUUAUAGUUACUCUACUAUUCUUAAUAGUGUUUGCAUUUUUGAAGAUUUUAUUGAAGGUUAACGCUGUGGUACAUUUUCAAAAAUUGCAGUAUGGGCAAUAGAUAAUGUGUUAGACUGAAGUGAUUUAUUAUGACAUCCUUUGAUCAAUUAUGUCUGGCUCCAUAAGCAUUUGCUUCUGGAUAUCACUUGCAUCACAAAGCUGCAGCUCAACACUGUUAUUGUUUUUGGUUGUUAGAAUGUUACUUUGAAUUCUUAGUUAUUUUUUGCACUGAAAAUUACUGUAAAUGUUGUUCAUUGAUUAUUUUUAUGAAAUUGAUUUAAUUUCAUGAAUGGAAGUGUUACAUUAUUAAUAAAAAAAUGUUAAUACAAACAUA